UCCCAGCGCUGCCUGGAAGUGUGGGGUGAGAGCUCCUCCAGGAACACCCCUUCCCUUUGGGGAAAGAAUUGCUCCCCCCAGGCCCUACCCAGCAGAGGACCCUCUCCUCUUUCCCUGUCAUCUCUCCUUCGGAACAGAGGAGCCUCUACCUGCAUCCCCUGUCUGGCAGCCUCCAGGGACUGCUGGCCUCACAGCAGUCAAACUAAGAUGACGGUCAAGCUGGAUUUUGAGGAGUGCCUCAAGGACUCACCCCGCUUCCGAGCCUCUAUAGAGCUGGUGGAAGCCGAAGUGUCAGAAUUGGAGACCCGUCUGGAAAAGCUCCUCAAGCUGGGCACCGGCCUCCUGGAGAGUGGGCGUCAUUACCUUGCUGCCAGCCGUGCCUUCAUUGUCGGCAUUUGUGACCUGGCCCGCCUGGGUCCACCAGAACCCAUGAUGGCGGAGUGUCUGGACAAAUUCACUGUGAGCCUGAGCCACAAGCUGGACAGCCACGUGGAGCUUCUAGAUGCCAUCCAACACACGCUGCAGCAACAAAUCCAGACCCUGGUCAAGGAAGGUCUCCGGGGGUUCCGAGAGGCACGCCGUGAUUUCUGGCGGGGGGCUGAGAGCUUGGAGGCUGCUCUUAUCCACAAUGCAGAGGUCCCCAGGCGCCGGGCCCAGGAGGCAGAAGAGGCAGGAGCUGCUUUGAGGACUGCUCGAGCUGCGUACCGGGGACGGGCAUUGGAUUAUGCCCUGCAGGUCAAUGUGAUUGAGGACAAGAGGAAGUUUGACAUCAUGGAGUUUGUGCUGCGUUUGGUGGAGGCCCAGGCUACCCAUUUCCAGCAGGGCCAUGAGGAGCUGAGCCAGCUGGCCCAGUAUCGCAAAGAUCUGGGUGCCCAGUUGCACCAACUGGUCUUGAAUUCAGCUCGAGAAAAGAGGGACAUGGAGCAGAGACAUGUGCUACUGAAACAGAAGGAGCUGGGUGGAGAGGAACCAGAGCCGAGCCUAAGGGAGGGCCCUAGUGGCCUGGUCAUGGAAGGUCAUCUCUUCAAACGGGCCAGCAAUGCAUUUAAGACCUGGAGCAGACGCUGGUUUACCAUUCAGAGCAACCAACUGGUUUAUCAGAAGAAGUACAAGGACCCUGUGACUGUGGUGGUGGAUGACCUUCGCCUCUGCACAGUGAAGCUCUGCCCUGACUCAGAAAGACGGUUCUGUUUUGAGGUGGUGUCCACCAGCAAGUCCUGUCUCCUCCAGGCUGACUCAGAGCGCCUUCUGCAGCUGUGGGUCAGUACUGUACAGAGCAGCAUCGCCUCUGCCUUCAGCCAGGCUCGCCUUGAUGACAGCCCCCGGGGUCCAGGCCAGAGCUCAGGACACCUGGCCGUAGGCUCCGCUGCCACCCUGGGCUGUGGCGGGACAGCCAAGGGAAGGGAGCCUGGGGGAGUUGGGCACGUGGCAGCCCAGGUACAGAGUGUGGAUGGCAAUGCCCAAUGCUGCGACUGCCGGGAGCCAGCCCCGGAGUGGGCCAGCAUCAACCUUGGCGUCACCCUCUGCAUUCAGUGUUCCGGCAUCCAUAGGAGCCUUGGUGUUCAUUUCUCCAAAGUCCGGUCUCUGACCCUCGACUCGUGGGAGCCAGAACUAGUGAAGCUUAUGUGUGAGCUGGGAAAUGUCGUCAUCAAUCAGAUCUAUGAGGCCCGCGUGGAGGCCAUGGCAAUGAAGAAGCCAGGGCCCAGCUCCUCCCGGCAGGAGAAGGAGGCUUGGAUUCAUGCAAAAUAUGUGGAGAAGAAGUUCCUGACCAAGCUUCCUGAAAUUCGAGGGCGAAGAGGUGGCCGGGGGCCUCCAAGGGGGCUACCUCCUGUGCCCCCAAAGCCUUCCAUCAGGACCCAGCCAGGAAGCUUCAGAUCCAAGCCAGAGCCCUCAUCUGAUAACCUGGGAAGCCUGCAUCCUGGGGCCUUGCUGUUCCGAGCUGCUGGGCAUCCUCCAUCCCUUCCCAUCAUGGCUGAUGCCCUUGCCCAUGGAGCUGAUGUCAACUGGAUCAAUGGGGGUCAGGAGAAUGCAACGCCGCUGAUCCAGGCCACAGCUGCUAAUUCUCUUCUGGCCUGUGAAUUUCUCCUCCAGAAUGGGGCAAACGUGAAUCAAGUGGACAGUGCGGGCCGGGGCCCACUCCACCACGCAACCAUCCUUGGCCACACCGGACUCGCCUGCCUGUUCCUGAAACGCGGGGCUGAUCUAGGGGCUCGGGACUCUGAAGGCAGGGAACCUUUGACCAUCGCCAUGGAAACAGCCAACGCUGACAUCGUCACCCUGCUACGAUUGGCAAAGAUGAGGGAGGUUGAAGCGGCCCAGGGCCAGGCAGGAGAUGAGACGUAUCUUGACAUCUUCCGAGACUUCUCCCUCAUGGCGUCAGAUGACCCGGAGAAGCUGAGCCGGCGUAGUCACGACCUCCACACACUGUGACCCCAAAGCCUGGGGGUCUUGUAUCUCAGCCCCUCCCAUCCCCACCGCCCGCACCUCCGCCAUUAAAGCCUCUGUGCUGUGCUCU